AUGGCUUUGGAGAUUAGAAAAAGACCAGUAGGUUCUCUACCUAGUGACACAGAGAUACCUCAGAGGGAAGGGAAAGAGCAUGUUAUGGUUGUUACGUUAAGGAGUGGAAAGAGUUAUUUAGAAAAUACCCAAAAAGAACCAACCAAAGCAGAGAUUGAAAAGAAAAGUGUAGAACAAGAUUAUGUUACCUCUGUACCAGAUUUUGUGACUACCAUUCCUGUGAGUACUAGUGAGYCUCAACCCAUAGUCAGGCCCAUAGAUAGUACGACCAUUCCUGAAAGAUCAGAUUUUCCACUGUUAUUUCCUGAUGAACCCAAGACAACUCAGACUCCCAAAGAAAGUGUUGCCUUGGAUGUGUCACAAUCUGGUGACAGUCCCGCAAUAAAAGACCAGACCAGUCCUAUAAUCCCUGAUAGAACUGAAUCAGAACCAAUUUUGCACAUAAACAUGCCCUUGGUUGAAGCAAUUGAGCAGAUGCCAAGUUCUGCAAAGUUUUUAAAAGACAUUUUAAGUAAAAAGAAAAAGCUGACUGAAUAUGAGACGGUAGUUUUGACUGAGGGUUGCAGUGCUUUGUUGUCCAUUAAAAUUCCUCCUAAGAUGAAAGAUCCUGGAAGUUUUACAAUCCCUUGUUCAAUUGGAGGAAAAGAGAUAGGAAAAGCUCUAUGUGACUUAGGUGCUAGCAUAAACCUGAUGCCUUUAUCUGUCUUCAAUACUCUAGGCAUAAGUGAAGCUAGACCUAUAAUUGUAACUCUUCAGUUAGCUGAUAAGUCCAUAGCCUAUCCCAGAGGAAAGAUUGAGGAUGUCCUAGUUCAGGUUGAUAAGUUUAUUUUCCCAGCUGAUUUUAUCAUUCUAAACUUUGAAGCCGACAAAGACAUUCCCAUCAUUUUAGGGAGACCUUUCCUAGCUACUGGAAGAACCUCGAUAGAUGAACAGAAGAGAGAAUUAACCAUGAGAGUCCAAGACCAACAAGUGACUUUUAAUAUUUUUAAUUCCCUUAGGUACCCGGAGGAAAGAGAAGAGUGUUCUGCUUUGAGUUUGAUAGAAACCUGGUGUCAAGAGAAAAGUUUGGGGGAAAUCUUAGGUUUAUCUGAGACUGAUAGUGAUGAAGAGGAAGAUUUUGAGGAAAUAGAAACACCACAAGAAUCUGCUGCUUUUGAAGUUUUAGAAACUAAGGAUAGGAAGAUUCUUGUUCCUUCCUUAGAUGUUGCCCCAGAUUUAGAGUUAAAACAACUUCCCUCACAUCUGAAGUAUGCCUUUUUAGGAGAUUCAGGGAAGUUGCCAGUCAUUAUUUCAUCAUCAUUAGAGCUGACCAAGAAGAAAAAUCAGGUGAUUAGAAGAUGCAUCCCAAAAGAAGAAGUACCAUCAGUUCUACAGCACUGCCAUGCAGGACCUUGUGGAGGACAUUUUGGAGAAAGUAGAACAACAUCCAAGCUUUUACAAUCAGGAUUCUACUGGCCUACUUUGCAUAAUGAUGCUCAAAACUUUGUAAAAAGUUGCAAUGAGUGUCAGAGGAGUGGAAAUAUCUCUAGAGAAAAUGAAAUGUCUUUAAACGGAAUUCUAGAAAUAGAAUUAUUUGAUGUUUGGGGUAUAGACUUUAUGGGACCUUUUCCUCUGUCCAAUAAUUGUGCCUACAUACUGGUUGCUGUGGACUAUGUGUCCAAAUGGGUGGAAGCCAUGGCUUGCCAUUCCAAUGAUGCCAAAACAGUUGUUAAGUUUUUACAAAGAGCACAUAUUCACUAG